UCCGGGUUUGGCUUUGCGACUUUAUACCAUGUUGGAACACCUGAGCCCUGCUCGCUUUGCACACCGCAGACUGCAUCUGCCUUGCAUCGUCUUUCCUGUCACGGAAGUCAGACGACAGCAUGGUCUAGCCGAAGAGAUUCCCCGCACGUAUAAAGUCAAGGCAGACAGACUUCACGACCUGCUUAUCACCAGCGAAGAGAAGCUGGUCCAGUUCUCACCGGCAAGGCCCACGCGACAGAAAUUCUGCCUUGUCCGUCCGUGGGACAGUCGUCUGCUCGAGCUACCCGACUCCGCAGACGAUACGGAAAGCUUGGGAGAUUGGUCCGAACCUGAGUCUCCGUUAUACCAUUCGCAUGGCGGUUAUCCUGUCAAAGAGGAGCUGCCUGAUUCAGAAUCUCUCUCACGAGCGUUACGAUUGAUCGUUCGCCUUGGACAGCCGUUCAGUGCAAUUUUGUUAGCACAGCAGCACGGCGGAGUAUACAAGAGGAUUGCAUCGGAUCAUGAUAUCAUUGCACAAGUCAAAGACAUGGCUUCUGUCCACGCCGUGAUGGACGUCAGGACCCUAGAGAUAUUCUAGCUCAUUCUUUUGGAGUUAGGAAUUUUCAUUCAUGCCUUGACGAUAUCUAUGCAUACGCAGACACUGUUGCUUAAUUAUGAUUGUACUUAUCUGCCGAUGGUACUUAUGUGUAUACACGGACCGC